AGCACUUCAACCAGCUGAUUCUGGCUAGCGAUUGGUGUAGGUAAAUAUUUUUAUAAACUUUGAAGAGAAUGGUUCGCGUUGGCCUGCAGAUCUCCGCCACACUGGAGAAUAUAGACAAGCUGGAGACGAGCCACCCCGACUACCCCUUCUUUUUGAAGCUCACCUGCAGCAACUGCGGAGAGCAGUCGGACAAGUGGCACGACAUCACAGAGUCGGAGCGCGUGGGGCAGGACACCCGCAAUGCAGCCGGCUCCAAUUUCGUUAUGAAGUGCAAGAUGUGUGCCCGCGAGAACAGCAUCGAUAUCGUGGAGAAGUCCAAUGUUGCGUAUACUGCGGACGAUGCCGGUAGCUUCAAGACCAUAGUCGUCUUUGACUGUCGCGGUGUGGAGCCUGUGGAGUUCUCACCACGAGCCGGAUGGCGCGUCUCCUCUUCAGAGAACGGUCAGGCCUUUGAGGAUGUCGACUUGUCUGAGGACGAUUGGGUGGAAUAUGACCAGAAGAAUAACAACUCGGUGGGCGUCUACGAGUUCGCGUCAAAGUUCAUCAAGCUGAAAAAGUGAUACGGUUUCUCAGUGAUUAACAUGACCAGGACCAGGUUAUUCAUCAUACAGAUUUAUAACUAAACUUCCAUUCAAAACACCCUUUUCGUUUGAUUAAAUAUUAUUACAUUUACAGUAGAAACACUUGAAUAUUAAAUGGAUGUCCACAUUGGUUCUAAGAGACCCUUGAGCUAUUAAAAAGUUUUUAUUUUCUGUUAAAUGUUAUGAUACGUAACAUUAUUUUCUCGAUACUGAAAAUAAAAGUUCUUCAGACUCUCAGAAAUAAUCCCUCGAUUGAUCUUCAAAGGAAAAGUUGUAUGAAUAAUGUAGAAAUUUUAAUAUUUUAAAUCUGUUUUAUACAAAAGGACACCACAAAAUCGAUUUUCCUGCUGGUGGAAUAGGAAUAAACGGGUUCAAAUAUGCCUUAAUCUA